AGUGGUAGGUAGGCUACUUCAGUACACAUGUAGAGAAAUGUGUAAAGAAAAAUACUGAAACUUCUGCAAGAAGAACUUGGGGGUGAAGGAAUAACGUUGUAGACUCGUAUUAUUACUAAAUGAAGAGGAUUUAUCACCACCACUUGAAGAAAUGUAAAACUAUGAAAUUAUAUAAAAGAAGCUUGGAUGAAGUCGAGUAACUGUCGCGCGCCGCUGGAAAGGAUCUCUGAAAUCGGCUCUAGACUAGAGCAUCUGAAGGCGAGUCUUUACUAUUUACAUCUAUAGCUGUACGGGAUUCUAAUUCGUUUCAAUAGGCUAUAUUWAAAACUAUGAUUAAACAUAUAUUUUGUUGGCUAUAGUCGCCAGUAUAAACUAUAGAUAAUCUUAAAAUCACAUUUUAUUUUUUAUCUUUAUUUGAAAUGUAACAUAAUUCUGUGAAAUUACAUUAAUUAGAUGAAUUGUAUUUUUCCUGGUUGUAUGUUAUUUUGUGGUUAAACACAUUAAGAACAAAGGGUYUGCUUGUCGAGAGCCUUUGAAUUGACACUAAGAUUUAAAUUACAGUAUACUUCAAUCAUAGACGAAAUCAAAUAUUUUUCUAGGGCAGCAACUCUGGAUAAUAAACGUCUCAAUUCCGGAUAGAUGCUACCCAGAUGCACUCAUUGACUUUCGAUCAAGAGAGAGGGAUUAAAAAAAACGAAAGUGUUAAUAAUCCACUUUUUUUUUAUUUUUAAUCUAGCUGGUCCAUCACUUUCAACUCAGCUGUAAAAGGUGGGGAUAUUCGUCGAUCUCACUCUAAACAGGACUUUUAAUYCGCCUCUUUACUGAUCUCUGCUGGACAUUUUUGGAAUAACAUCUUGACAACCAGAGACGAUGAACAAGCAGAUAUAUAUCCACUAUAACUACACAGGGAAGCUGGAAAACCGUCAGAAUGGAAAAAUCACAGGUGGUGGCGUCACCUUGGAUGCUAAAACCAUCGUGUUCCUCAUCAUCUGUUGCUUCAUAAUCCUGGAGAACCUGAUUGUUCUAGUAGCAAUAUGGAAAAACCACAAAUUCCACAACCGCAUGUACUUCUUCAUAGCCAACCUGGCAUUGUGUGACCUUCUGGCUGGGGUGGCUUAUAUCGUCAACCUCCUCAUGUCAGGGGAGAAGACCCUUCACCUGUCCCCAGUGUUGUGGUUUGUGAGGGAAGGGAGCAUGUUUGUAGCCCUGGGGGCUUCCACAUUCAGUCUCCUGGCUAUAGCUAUAGAGAGACAUCUGACCAUGAUUAAAAUGAGGCCCUACGACGCCAAUAAGAAUUACAGGGUGUUCUUGCUCAUAGGGACCUGCUGGCUCAUAGCGAUAUCCCUGGGAGCAUUGCCCAUCCUGGGGUGGAACUGCUUGGACAACCUCCCUGACUGCUCCACAGUCCUACCGCUCUAUACCAAGAAGUACGUGGCCUUCUGCAUCAUCAUCUUCAUGGCCUUGCUGCUGGCCAUGUCCGUCCUGUACAUACGCAUCUACAUGUUGGUGAGGACCAGCAGUCGCAAGGUGACGAAACAUUCAAACUCAGAGCACUCCAUGACCCUCCUCCGUACUGUCAUCAUCGUGGUCGGCGUCUUCAUUGCAUGCUGGAUGCCCAUCUUCGUCCUCCUCCUCAUCGAUGUGGCCUGCGAGCACCGCUGCUGCGCCAUCCUCUACAAGGCCGACUACUUCAUAGCCCUGGCCGUGCUCAACUCUGCCAUGAACCCUGUUAUCUACACCUUGGCCAGCAGGGAGAUGAGGAGAGCCUUCUUUAGCUUGGUCUGUGGCUGUCUGAUGAAGGGGAAGGUCUCCAUUAGCGGUGAGCCCAAUAAGCCCAAUAACCUGGAGCACAGCAGGAGCACAGCAGGAGCACAGCAGGAGCACAGCCCAUAAUAAUCAUAACAACCACAGCAGGGCAGAUGAGCAGCAGAAGGACAGGGACAGUAGUCGGAAUAUUAUAGUGGCACAGACCUUGAUAAAGAGUACAACAUCAUCGUGCGUCAAUGUGGCCAAUGGAGAGGGUAGCCUGGGACAGGCUGGGGGAGAGAGGGAGGGUGGUUCCUGGGAUGGCAGAAUGUGGCCAAUGGAGAGGAGGGUUGAGGUUUUCUGGGCCCUGAACCUCCAUAUCCGAAUCAAUCUGAGUGGACACAAGAGACUACGAAGUGUGGCAACGCGAGACAUUGUAGCCCUAUGCUGUGCAUAGGAUGGAGAGACAUUGAAGGACUAUAAUGUAACUAUACUGAAAAAAAUAUAUAAAUGCAACAUGCAUAGUGUUGGCCCCAUGUUUCAUGAGCUGAAGUAAGAGGCCCAAAAUUUUGCAUGCACACAAAAAACMUAUUUCUCUUAAAUUUUGCACACCAAUGUGUUUACAUCCCUGUUAGUGAGCAUUUAUCCUUUGCCAAGAUAAUCCAUCCACCUAACAGGUGU